UAUUGGGGAGGUUUUUGGGGUACAGACAAUAGAUCCAUUAGUCCACAGAUCCACACCAGACACAGAAACACAGUAAAGGUCUCGGGAAGGCAAUAUGGAACAACAGGGGGCUGGUGGUCCACAGGGUUCAGUAGGACCGGGAGUGGCGGUUUCGUGAGACUUCGGGUUCCUGAGGAGAAUUGGGCUCAGUCUUUUGGGCAGCAUGGGGUUAGUCCACUUACUAGAUGCGGGCAACUCCAGGCAGCGAAGGGUUAAGUCCUUCCGGCUCACGGGCAACAAAGGGUUAAGUCUAGGCAG